GAAAUCUUAUAACAGCCGCCUUCAAGACAGCUAGCGAGAGAGAUGAAUUGAUAGCUCAAUAUAUAUUUGCCUGGGGUCAUUUGUAUUUGUUUCCGACGUGACAUUCAGGAGAGUUCCGACAGAAAAAAGCUGUCAAACGAGCAAGAUUUAAGCUAGUGACAAGCAAGCAAGGAGCCACAUCAGAGAGGAAAGUCCACCGUGAAAAAGACGGAAUAGACAGCUUGCUAUUAACAACGCUUUACGCACGAACUGAAAAAGUUAUGGCAAAUAAUUCAACUAYGGCAAAACAAGGCGAUAUUACACCAUAUCUAUACACAGAACUCGUCUCUGCUAUCUAUCUAUCGAUCGCAUCGCCGAUCACGGUAGGCGCAAAUGGGCUACUUCUGGCAUCCAUUUGGAAAGACCCUUUGAAAUGUUUUCGAACCCCGAUUACUUAUUUCAUCAUUGGGCUAGCGAUGGUUGAUCUUCUCACUGGUUUAGCGGUAGAACCCUUCUUUGCUGCUUGCUAUUUUCUGCACUUUACAAAAGGAAUAACCUAUGCUGGUCCCGAAUGCAAAGAGAUGUCGAAAAUAGCUGGAAUUAUCUCUACGAUUGGACUGAGCACAUCGUUUUUGAUCGUCUUAGCUUUGUCAUGCUCUCAAUUCAUUGCUAUCAACAUUCCUCACAAAUACAAGGYUUUUAUCACUACGAAGCGUGUGUUACUCUGCGUGAUAAUCUCAGUGGUGUAUUUCACAUGCUUCAGUCUGAUCCAGUUGAGUGCCAACAUCCCUAAAGCAGUAUUCUAUCAGAUUGAUCUCUACCUMCAUGCUACUCUUAUCCCCCUUCUGCUCCUGAUUUCGCACGCCUUYGUCUUGCGCUCUUUACUUAGCUAUGCCAAGAAGUCCCAGAACAUCGGAAACAAUGGAAGCACCUUUCACGGGCCUAAGAUGAACGGCUACAAUGUCAACAAGGAAGAAAAGAACCCAGUUCUACCCAAAAAAAAUAAGAGUUUGAUGAAGAAAAAUAAUGCUGAAAAAGUCCGAUUCAAUCAAAGGCAACUCACCAUCGUGACCCUAUUGUUGUCGGCCGYCUUACUCCUUUGUUCUCUCCCACACACCAUUGUCUUCUAUUUGUUUUUGUACAAGAAAAUUGAGACGUUCGAAGAAGAUCUCGCCAUCAACAUUGCCCUACGCAUCAGCGAUGAUAUCCUCUUUUUGAAGGUACUUCUUGAUCCUUUUAUCUAUUGCUGGAGACUGCCAAAGUAUAGGAAGGCUUUACAGAACACUUUGCUAUGCCUUAGACGACAAGCCAGAGGUUCCGAAACACAGGAAAUGACUGAYCAGAGAAACGAAACAUUUACCGUAAAUGUCAAAUAAAUACAGGAUAAUUGCGCGAAAUAUUGCAACGAAUGCAGUCUGGGAAAGAAGAGAAAACAGCCAAGUUGAAUGCAUAGUAAUCGUGAGUUUAAAUGGCGCAAGUAUAUCUGUGCCGUAAAUUGUGAAAAAAUACAGAAUAAUUGCAAGAAAUAUUGCAAAGAAUGGAGUCAGAGUAUAAGAUUUUUUAUGUACUAUCUGAACGCAAAGAAAACAAGAAAAUCAGAGCAAGAAACUACGAAAAGUUUCGAGUUUUUAUCAUGUCCAAUGAAUCAGUUAUAUGUGUUUAAUAUUCGAGAGAUCGCGCGGGGACGGAAAAAACGCUUAAAAAGUUGCAACAAGAAAAAGUGUGCACCGUCGGCUAUUAUUGAUAGCAAUUGACUUUGAAAAUAUAAGGAACUACCGACGUUCAAUAUAGGUAAUUUAACCUUAAUGCAGUUUUCUAACACAAAAACCGAUGAUUGUAUGAUAUUUAGUGUAUGUCAUAGCAACAAAAUCACAAUUAAUCACAAUUAUUUAUAUUGUAUUGGUCAUCAAGACUCAUCAUGUAUAUCACAUGAACAUUUGAUGUAGAAUUCGGACGAAAAAUUCGUAUCAAACACUUGUAAUUGUCCUACCAACAUGUYCAUCUUCAACAGAGAAGUGAUGACAAUGGUCAUCAUUGACGCAUGCGCGGAGAUGACGUCAUUCUAGAGCUAUAUCCCACAUGGGUUAAUCAAUGCUUUUGCAUAGCGUUAGUAAGUUUGUGUGAGUUAGUAGUCGUUUAGGGUUUCUUAAGAAAAUAGGUGGGUGUACAAUGACAAAUUUUGUUUUGAUUGAUUGUUAUUUAAAUUGCCAACCAAAAAUCUAUUGGAAAAUCCAAUAAAGCAAAACGACAAAAACUAUCUUAAAAAUGGUUGGCACAUUAAAAUCACACGAGACAUUGUUUAUCAACACUGCGUCCACUUUUAAGUUCAGCAAAAAGACCUGAUAACCAUAUUGGUUGGCAUAACUAAAAAAAAACAUAUAAAAACCUUAGAUUUAAACAAUAUGGCAGCCAUGUCACAAAAAUUAAGCAAACAAACAAUCGAAGACGUUGCUUAAAGAUAUCGAAAAGUGCUAAUACGACUGAAAGAGACUCAACGACUCGCUCUAAUCCCUGACAUAGCCAGAACUCGCGACGAAUGUCUCGCACAAGACUCAACACUCAAAGAYGACUGUUGCCAACCUAAUGAAAAUCAAAACUGUUUCUAAGUGAAUUCAGACUAACUAGCGGUUUUGAUCCCUUCGUCCGAGAACGGCGCCCUGUUUGAGGCGAAAAGAUGUAGAGUAAUUUGCUUGUCAUUUUUAACUGAMGAGUACUGAAAUAGAAAUUGGCUUAUCUGUUCCUAGUAGUUUAGUAGGCUUGAUUGUUUUUUUUUAGGUUUGAAGGCGCAAGUGUGUGGCUAAGCCAGCUUAGUUUUUAUUGCGCAGCACGCGAAGCCUCAGCGGAUGAUCUUCGAGACCUAUAUCUACUUUACUAGUAAUCUAUUUAGCUUCAAUUGUACUGAGUUUUUCAACAUCGAUGGAAUUCGAUGUACUAGGUGAGUGACCGUGAAAAUCUAGUUCGCGAAUUCGUCUACAAAAAGGUGGAGCACUUAGUUGAUUAAACUCUGGUUUGUAGGAAAACAUAAUUCUAAAAAACUGCAGCCGGGUUAAUUUGCGCAAAUAUUAAAAUCGCAGUAAAUGCCUUGAAUUUAGUAGAACGAAGAACGAUGCGCAUUWACCACUGCGCAAUGAUCUCAACAUAGCUGUUAAUAAAUAAAAAGAA